GCUUGUUGUCUUGCAAAGUACUGAAGUUGUGAGGGGACUACUGCCGACUUUUCUAACUUCCUUCACUUAAAGGAGCAUAAAAGAGGCACUACGAAAUCAUUAACAGAGGUGAACGUUUUGGGGUGAGGGAAAAUGGUGGACCGUUUGGCGAACAGCGAGGCCAACUCCAAGCGCAUUGCAGUAGUGGAAAGCUGCUUUGGUACAGCCGGCCAGCCGCUGGCCAUCCCAGGCCGAGUUCUCAUUGGUGAAGGCGUUCUCACCAAGCUAUGCCGCAAAAAGCCUAAAGCACGCCAGUUCUUCCUCUUCAACGACAUCCUGGUCUACGGCAACAUUGUCAUCCAGAAGAAGAAAUACAACAAACAGCACAUCAUUCCCCUGGAGAGCGUCACUAUAGACACAGUGGCCGAUGAGGGGGACCUACGUAACGGCUGGCUAAUCAAAACUCCCACCAAGUCUUUUGCCGUGUAUGCUGCCACCGCAACCGAGAAGUCGGAAUGGAUGAAUCACAUCAACAAGUGCGUGUCAGACCUGCUCGAGAAGAGCGGCAAAUCUCCCACAGGGGAGCACGCCGCCGUCUGGGUACCUGACUCGGAAGCUUCCGUCUGCAUGCGUUGCCAGAAGGUCAAGUUCACUCCCGUCAGCAGACGUCACCACUGCAGAAAAUGCGGCUUCGUCGUGUGCGGCCCUUGCUCGGAGAAGAAGUUCCUCCUGCCCAGCCAGUCGUCCAAACCCGUGCGCGUGUGCGAGUUCUGUUACGAGCAGCUGUCGUCGGGGAGCAGCCUACCGCCUCGCUCCAACUCCUACAGCAGCACCUGCUCCAAGUACAACAGUAACCUAUCCGAUGAUGACGAUGAUGACGACAGCAGUGACUGAGCCCAGAACAGCCUGCUGGAUCACUCUUAGGAAUAUUAACAUUCUCCUGACUCUUCCCUUCAUGUUUUAAUCUCCCCAAUCCUCCAGGGCUCCAAUUUAGAAAAGGUCUCAUCAUCUUUUUACAUUGAUUUGUUUUCAUUUUCAUGGCAGCAAAUCUCUUGAAGUAACGUUCUGCUCUGAUAGACUUGCCCUGUGUCAAGUCUGCCACAGCCGGAGCACAUGUGGAGUGAGAUGGGAAGUGUUCCUAUGUUAAGCUGAACACUACUUGCUGACACAUUUUCCCCUUUUGCGAUU